AAUAAUAAUAAUAAUUGAUCAUUUGUUAGUAUAUUUUCGUAACAAGAACAAAAAUAAAAUCUGAAAGAUGAAGCUCCUGCUAAUGCUGCUGAUAGCCAUUCUCUUCAUUCAGAUUUUUGUGGUGGCAGAGGUAUCAUCAGCCAGUGAUGAUAUUACUUCAUAUUCUCUUUCUCAGGAGGAUGAGGGCGUGAACUUUGGAGCCCUGCUCAAGAAACACCACCCUCGCAGAAUCAAUUGCAGGCAAGCAUGCACAAGAAGAUGCAGCAAGGCUUCCAGAAAGAAAAUCUGCCACCGAGCGUGCAACACGUGUUGCAGAAGGUGCAACUGUGUUCCUCCUGGGACUUACGGAAAUAAAGAGCUUUGCCCUUGCUACGCAAGCUUAAGAACACAUGGGAAUAGACCCAAAUGCCCUUGAAUGAAUACAUAUGAUCUUUUGUCUGUUUUCUUCAGAAACAGUCAUGGAGUUGAAUGCUCUGAGUGGAUCAGGUGUUUGCUUCCUAUGUGUGUGUGAGAGAAAAAAAUAAUUCUUGUGUAGAUUUUGAAAGUCAUGGCUAUCAGAAUCUGGUAAUAAAUUGAUUUGUCAAUAAAUGAGUGGUGAUGCCUAGUGGCUAGUUAGGCGUCUGUGUUGUAUUGCUACUAUUUAUUGUUUUAUUAUCUGGUGAAUAAAAAAUUGAAUCUCUCAGUUUCAUUCA